UCAGCUGUCUGCGGAUGAUGAGCUUGAGAUAUUUCCUGCACAGCUUGGGGGUUUUACUUCAUAAUGUGAAUAUUUGCUGUUAGAUGAAAGAAGAUAUUUAUACCCGCAGCGCUAACAAGACCGACGAACAAAGCGCCAGUUUCGAGGGCGAGUAUUGAAAUGUUCAAAGGCAUAUCCAAGGAGAUGGUAUCGCGUGUAAACACAAACCCAGCCUGUCGCGAAUCGCGCUGAUUACAUAAGCCUCUCUUUGUGUUUUCAAAAGGAAAUUAUUUUUAUCCAUUACGGAAAGGUUGUUAAUACAUAGGAUUUGAACAGAAGCUCAUCAAGUCGAAAUAUCAACACCAAAUGAACUGUGUCUUCAAUUGAUAGAUUUUUCGAUUGCUAACAUGCACCUGUGCUGGAUUUAAAUGAAUUUGUCAGAGAGUCAGACGACACCACAGUUAACCCUUCCAGGAAAUAGCCGUUGUUACAAGGAUGGCUGUUAACAUAUUUUACCUUUGGAUGAUUUUCGUUACACGAAACCGGAGGUGUUGACACAGUGCAGAGGAACAGAGAGUACAGCAUUGACUUGAAGCUCUUCAGAGAAAAAAAUAGUGAAAGCAAGAUGCAUACUUUUGAAUCAAAGGAGUAAAAAAGUGAAGUUAUAUUGUGUGUAUUGAUCUUUUACCAUCGUGACAGCAGAAGUACAAACAAGGGUUCUUGUGGUCAGAAGGGUUGGCCAAACACUGGCGCAGGCUGUGGCAAACUUAAACACCAACCUAUUGAUUCAUUCUUGGAUCCCAUUCCCAUUUAAGUUGUAUUCUAUUUUUUAAUUACACCAGCGGAAAAAUUUUGAUUGGGGAUACAAAGUAAACUUUGAGUUCUUUUUGGAUGUAGAACGUGUUGGGAUACAGAGUAACCCUUGUGUUGAUUUUGCAGUGUUGUAUUUUUUUUUUGAAAGAAAAUCGUUUACUUGGAUUAUUAUGGCGUCGAAAAGAAAUGUACCGAAACAGUUAAAGAAACGUAAUUUAGAUGUAGCUGAUUUUCACAGUGACGAGGAAGAUGAUUUUUGCGAUAUGAAUAGACGCGGAUCGAAUGUGUCCUUAUCGAGAGUGCGAUCCUGUCCCCAAUUAUUGGAGGAGCAAGAUGGCCGACACAUCAAACAGUCGUUUGAGAACAUCGUGGACGAUAAUGUGAGCGCGCCAAUGAUACAAGAUUGCCGUUCGCCGCGAUCACCGAUGGUCGUCCAGGGGUUCCAGUUCGAGCCGACCUGUGUAACCCCCGGGUCAGCUACACCAACGCCCCCUUCUUCUCCCGGAAGUCAAAGGAGUUGUCUGUCUCAGAAAGACACGCCUUCAACGCCCGUACAGAACAGCUCUCCGAUAACAACGCCAAAAAUCAGGAGAGGUAGCUACUCUUGGAGGGCAAACAUAAGUCGCGGCUCCUCCACUGAGUCCUUGGAUGACGAGCAAGUUGUUCCGAAUGUCAAAAUUGAUCUACAUUCGCCACUUAUUUGCGAAAACUUACAGAAACACGACCGUUUGUCGUUGAAUCCACAGCAGAACGUGAGUACAGAGGACACUAAGUAUUACGAAGCCUUACAAGCCGGUUUAGUCUGUGAUAAACCUCGUCAUGUCAAGGCUAUUUCUCCUCAGGGUCAAGGUCAAAAUGACGGUGAAUUACACAGCAAAUGUGAGAUGUGGCUCCAGACUCUAAAUAUAUCGCAGGGAGACAAGAUUAAAUCCCGAAGUCAUAUACAGCUGCCACCUCUAUGAUGCUUAGGGUCCAAGAUAUUGCAGCCACCGGUGAUAUGCCAAAACAGAGAUGUAAUGUGUACAUCCUACAUGUGUGCACGUACUCUAUACGAUUUUUUCUGUUCUAAGUUACAAAAACAAUGGUAUAUAUGAAUAUAUAAAGAAUUUUAGACAAA